AUGCUCAAAGCACUGACCCAGAUCUCACCAACAUGUGACUACACUGUCCCCUCACGGCCUCUGUGGCCCACCAGCCACCAAUCUCCUGCUCUCCCCUCCACAGAUGCAGUGAGCUGGGCCCGAGGACGCACCAGUCACCCCGACAUGUCACCCAAUAUCUACGAGGGGGGGCUGAGGGCCCAGCAGCAGCAGUGUCCCAGUGCCCCAGUUCAGGGAAGCAAGCCCAAGAACUUCUGGUUGCACCAUCUCCGGGGCCUGGCUCUCUACCUACCAGGCCAUAAGAGGCCUGCCGGCCAGUGUGAGAGCCAUUGGCUGGGCCAGCUCAUGGCCGGGGGCUGCCUCCCACAACCCGAGGGCACAAUCUGGCCCCUGGACUUACCACAGGGGGCUCUGGGCCCAGGUAACAGUCACCACUCAGCCCUUCUGGAAGCUCGACAGCCUGGGAAAUACAGGUGA